CUAAAAUCUCGAUUGAUUCAGCUGAGUCGUAGGACAGACGUUCAAAGACAUUAUGACUCGAUGGAAAGCUUUAUUAAAUUUUGAAGGCUGGCGGAAGAACACAUAUUGCCAGAAAAUGAAAAUGUGCCUUUUGUUGGUUCAUUUCCACUGUGUCUACUUCGCUAUGACAACUCCAGAGGUGCCGACGCACGUUGUCUCCCGAGGCAUUGACCCGGCUUCUGCCAGGGAUAGUACCCGGCAGGCUGGAAUCGUGCUGAACGAAGGGGAAAAUGGAAAGGACGCUGGCUUGUUCUCAGGAAAACGAGGUUUCGAGGAUUUAUUUGGAAAUCAAGAUAACAGUCGGCCGUAUAAGAUUCACACCAAGACCAUACUCGAAGGAUAUCCAGCGCUUAGCGAUAAGGACUUGGUCGCUAAAGAUAAAGCAAUUUCGACAUUCAGUACAGCGUACGACAAUUUUAAAUCUCAUGACAUAACUUCGUCAAAAUUGCACAAUGAAAAACUUGAAGAAGAUGAAAAAUUGCAGCUCCGACAGAUUGAAUGGGGCGAUCGAAUUGUCAGUAAAAUCCAGAAAGGAGGUCCUAGUGUCUUACAUACUUUAAGAGAAGAAGUCAAGCAAAAUGUGAUAAAUCGUGAAGUUCGUGUCGAAUUAGAGAAAACGUUCAACCUAGCUGAGAGGGAUUGGAAAAAUGAAAGUUGGUGGAACCGAAUUAUCAACUUCUUCCGCUAUGUUUUCAAGAGAGAUGAAUGGAAACAAGACAAGGCUUCCCACCAACUGAGCAAGUUACGAAGAGGAUUAAGAUCCCGUCGAACUCUCGAGCCUCUCCCAACUGAGAAAAUGCGGAAGGCGAUCACUCAGUUAUCGAUCUUUGCUAGGAAAGGCCCCAAUUUCUCGGACGCGGAACUUCAACUUAUUGAAAACAUGUCGCAUGGCAGCUCUCACCUGACCGCUGCUGACGAGGCUUUGAUAGCGGAGCUGGGGAAGGAAACAGUCGCGCAGCAUAGGAACAUGAAGAUUCGCAAUCUGCAAGAAACCUGUCAUUUGGCCAUAGAAAACCAAACAUCUCAAGAUAUAACAAAAAAGGACGUUCUUGAAGCACUGGCUUACUUGUGGACUAGGGUAGGAACGGGAAAAGACUGGAGCAAGCAAGAUAGAAAAAUGUACGAAAAGCUAGAAAAGAUGAAAAGUAUGAAGGAUGCCCUUCACAUACUGGCCCAAGACAAGAGAACACAGGAGGAAAUUAUCGCUCGCGCUGACAAAUGGCGGCUACUGGAAAAUCGCGGGAAGUGCGCGACUGCAUUUGCUAUGCUGACAACCAAGUCCGAACUGGCUGCAAAGGAAAAGAAGGUCUUGGAAGCUUUGAAGGUCCUUUGGGACGAAGGAUGUUGA